AUGAGUAUCGCGAAAUCUUCCCAGUCGGUGCCCAGUGGGACCAUCAGGGAGCGUUCCCUCGCUGUCGCCGCGCAAGCUCGGGAAGAGCAUAGUUGGCUGGAGAGGAAACUCAAGCCCAAGAAGAUCUCAGCUAGGUAUCCCUUCACAGGCAAACCCUUGCUGUAUGCUACAUGUGCCUUUGGCAGCUUGGGGGAUGCCCUUUUCGGUUAUAACUCUGGUAUCAUGUCCGGCCUGCUGGUCAACGAAGUUUUUAUAUCUCGCUUCUUCAAAAACUAUGGGGGAGCCGACGGGACGACAAGCGGCGUCGACCCCUCGAUUACAGGCAUCUCUGUUGCGUGUUUGCAAGCAGCGGCGGCGGUAGGAGCACUCAUAGCCGGUCGACUUGGGGACAUGAUCGGCCGAAAGAAGUGUGUCCGCGUCGGCGCUUUCAUCUACUUCUUCAGCUCGUUUAUUCAAAUGUUUGCUCCCGGUUUCGCAACGUUCAUCGCAGGUCGCACCAUCCAAGGAGUGGGUGUGGGAUUCCUCUCGAUGACCGUGCCUAUCAUUCAAACUGAGAUUGCCGCCCCUCAUCGCCGUGGUUUGAUGGGGCCAUUCAUCAUCCAGAUUGUGCUUUCUUUUGUCUUGUGUGGGAUGUCCUUCGUUCUACCAGAAACCCCUCGAUGGUUGGCGAUAAAUGGUUUCGUGGACGAAAGCUUGCAAACAAUUGCAGAUCUGCAUUCUGAUGGUAAUACGGAAGCGGAGCAUAUUCAACAGACGUUCCUUGAAAUUCAAGAAGCAGUUAUCUACGAAAGCAAUCUGGGAAAGUCCGGUUGGAAGGAAAUGUUCACCCGGUAUCGAAAACGGACCAUUGUUGGAAUAACGGUGCAGAUGUUCGCGCAGAUCAACGGAAUCAACAUCAUCUCCUUUUACCUUCCGAGCACCUUGUCAUCCGCUGGCUAUGAUAAUCGCAAAUCCCUGCUGUUCACUGCUGCAAAUGCUCUUCCCUACACCGCUGCAACAAUUGUUACCUGGUGGUUAGCAGACCGAUGGGGCCGGAAGCCAUUGCUCAUUCUUGGAGGUCUCCUCAUGGCCGUACUACUAGCGGUUGUCUGCGUCUUCACCGAAAUCAAUGUGGAUGUCCAAGUCAAAGCGAACGGCCAGUAUGCCUUCGUCAUGCUUUACAAUAUCAUCUAUGGAUUUACCUGGGGUCCGAUGCCGUGGCUCCUACCUGCAGAAAUCUUCCCGCUCCGGGGCCGGAGUAAAGGCAUGGCUCUGGCCACGACUAGCAAUUGGAUCUUCAACUUCAUCAUUGGAAUGGUCUCUCCCGAUGCUUUCUCUGGCAUUCAUGGUUAUUUCUACCUGGUGAUUGCAGGAUUUUGUCUCAGUUCGGCCGUCUUAGUUCACUUUUACUACGUCGAGACAGCACACCAUUCUCUUGAGGAAAUUGCUGUUGCAUUCGGUGACAAUGCGUUUGCGGAUGGUGAUGCGGAGGUCAUGGACAUGGCUGGUGCGAAGAGUGAACAGGUGGAAUACUCGGCAUGA